UCUAGUUCCUGAAAUCCCCAAGAAAUAACUAAGUUUACGUUACUUUAACUCAGCACAAAUCAAUUCAAAACGAUCAUGGAUUUGUCCACAGCAUAUCGUUACAAUCAAAAUAUGAUGGAAUAUUAUACAUGUCACGGCGGUGUCAAUCAACUGGGUGGAGUUUUUGUCAAUGGCAGACCAUUGCCUGAUGUGGUGCGACAAAGAAUUGUUGAAUUGGCGCACAAUGGUGUGAGACCAUGUGAUAUAUCUCGACAAUUACGAGUCAGUCAUGGCUGUGUAUCCAAAAUUCUCUCAAGAUAUUAUGAGACUGGUAGCUUUAAAGCUGGUGUUAUUGGCGGAUCAAAGCCAAAAGUUGCCACACCCCCCGUAGUAGAUGCUAUAGCUAAUUAUAAACGCGAAAAUCCCACCAUGUUUGCUUGGGAAAUUCGGGAUAGACUUUUAUCUGAAGGUAUAUGUUCUCAGGACAAUGUGCCGAGUGUAUCAUCUAUAAAUCGGAUUGUGCGAAAUAAAGCUGCUGAAAAAGCUAAACAUGUCCAUCAUCAACAAAGCAGCGGGAAUGUAAGCGGGGGCAGUGGAGGGACAAAUAACGGCGGCGGUAGCAGUAGUAUAACAGAUAAUUUGGAGAAUAAUUCCAAUGAACUGUCUGCAAUUAAUAAUAGUAAUAAUAACAAUAGUAGUAACAAUAACAAUGGUAGCAAUAAUACAAAUAUCAGUAGUAAUAAUGCUGGCAGUGGCAACAACAAUAACAAUAUUAAUAGCAACAAUGCCACCUCCGUAAUAACACUUGCACCAGCCUCAGAAACAGGAUCUACAGGACCCCCGGCAACAGGGGCUGCUGCAGCUGCGGCCAUGCAAUUACAGCAGCAACAAAAUAUACUCAGUACAGCGAAUAACAGCACCACCUCUACAACUAGCAAUAAUCAGAAUACAACAAAUGGUAUCGGAGAACAUCGAACAGCCGGUUAUAGUAUUAAUGGUAUUCUAGGCAUACAUCAUCCACAACAUCAUCAUCACCACCAUCAUCACCAUCAGCAGCAAACACAUCAUCAUCAUCAAAAUCAACAGCAAAGUUCACCCAUUGAUCAACAUGGAAACAGUAUUAAAAGAAAGCGUAUGGAUGAUCCAGUUCUGUUAAUCGCCGAUGAAAAUCGUGAUAUUAACAUGCAUGCUGAAGAAGAUGUGAAAAGACAACGCCUGUCAUACAGCGGAGAUCAGAUUUAUUCAAAUAUCUGGUCCGGUAAAUGGUGUAUAAAAGAUGAGCAUAAGCUACUUUCGGAAUUAGGUACACUGACAACAAAUGGCGGCAGCGUAGCAGCAUACUAUGAUAGUCACAAUGGAUUCCCGCCUGCGGUGGCAACCGGAAAUAAUGAUAGCAUGCUGUAUGACAGUAUUACUACAAUAUCUCAAACACAGGGUUCUCUGUAUACUCCCACUAUAGGUGCAUCUAUUGGCGGUUCUAAUACCUUAACGCCCUUAGUUCCUGUCAGUAUGCAAGACAUGAAGGUAGGCUCUAGCUUGCAUGAUCAAGCUAUGUCCCCAUAUUAUACAGCCUGUGGAUCUGUUGUUCCUACUUCUGACUAUACAUAUAGCCCCACAUAUUCUCAAUAUGGUAGUGCGUAUGGAUCAUAUAGCUAUGGAUCAGGCGGUGGUAUUUUAAAUUCCUACUAUUAUGAAGGUGUACAAAAUCAGUCUGUCAAUACUACAGCUCUCAGUCAAGAUAUGCGUUCACCAUUAGCAGCUACCAGAGCCAAUUCUUUAGCAUCAGCUGCUUCACCUACCGGCAGUGCAUGUACGAAAUCUGAGACGUCCGACAUUUUCCUCGUCUAGUGAUUUUUACAUCAACUACGACAAUACUCUUCUAGCUCCACAAUAAUAAACUUGUUUAAUUAACAAAAACUAAUACUUAAGUUGCACCUACAAGACUUUUAUCAUUUUAUAUGUACACAUAAAUACAAGGCAUACAUACUUCAUAUAUUCAUUCAUAUUAUAUAAAUUGUAAAAAAUAGUUAAUUAAUAUAUUUAUUAUACAUAUGUACAUAUGUAUGUACAUAUUUAAACGAAAGAUGGACUUGCGAUGAUAUACUUUUAUUACACCUACAUAUACCGCCUUACUUACACCCUGUUUAAAAAAUAUAAUAUAAUAGAACAAAUUUUGACAUGUGGCAUAUGUAGAUAAAACAUGUAAAAUGUUCGCCCAACUUUCUCGAUUGUUUUCAAUAAUCAGGCCACAUAAAAUGUUUUAUGAAACUAGUAACCACCUGGCAGUGAAAUUCUUUUAAAAGAGUCUUUUAUGAGACCAUUUUGUAAUCAGUUUCGACCCAUUUUUAAUUAUUUUACGAAUCACUUUUUGAGACAUAUUUAUUGGUUAUCUGAACGUAAAACGGAAUCCUAUUAAACUAGUUUUUCAAACAAUGAAAUGAAUCAAUUAUCAGAAAUCUUGUAAGCGAAUGUUGAUUAUUUCAAUAAAUUUUGUCUUUUUGAGCUUUUCAACGUAAAAAAAUAACUAAAACUUUUUUUUAGAGCAUAUAUUUUGAGUUUUUACUGCAUAUUUAAUGUGCUUAAAACAUAUUUUUGAUUUCCCUGAUAAUCACUCAAAAAGCGAUUCUAAGUAAAUUUGUUGUAGAACCAAUAUUAUACGUAAAAUAUCAGUACAACGCAUCGGAUCAGUCCAUACUUAGCUUGCCAUAAAGGCUUACAUUCAAAAAUGUUAAUUCCGAGAAAUUUAUAUAGAAAAUGAUUUUAUGUAUUCGGUGCAGGGUAUUAUAUAGUCGGGUUUGGAUUUAUAAUUUUGUUUUAAAUGUGCCGGAAGUUCGUAUGUUAAAUGUAGUUUAUAUAUUUUUACUUUUUAAAUAGGAUGAUUUCAAACGGGGUUGCCGUCGAAAUUAAAUUUCUACAGCAUUUUACAUUUAUGCCAUGUAAACGAAUAAAAUGUUGUACAGUACUUUUGGCUUAUAGUCACAACCCUUAAUUGUACACAAAUUGAGGACUAUAUCGCUAAAGUGAUUAUAAACAAAAUUUUUGUAUAUGCCACAAUGUGCUUAUAAAGAAAAUCUUAUAUAUUCAUUUUUUAUGAAUAUAAAACAUUUAAAAUUCAUGUUUAUUAAAGAAAUAAAUAUUAUUUUCAUAAAUUCAUUACAUUAAAAAAAUAUUGUUUACAUUCCUUAAAAAAAUCAAUAAUUGUAGUCUGUUUAAGCUUGAGGAUGUUGGUUACAGUUGUACCCUGCAAAAACUCGGUAAUGGGUUGUACUUCCAUAACCACUUACUUUUCAAUGACUACUACUUACCGUCUGCAUUACUUAGAAGUACUCUAGUAAUAAUUUUUUAUAAUUUG